AUGCAUCUCCUAAACUUACUUUUCUUCACGUUAGCCUUCUUUUCUCAUAACGUAUACUCAAGUUUCAACACCUCCGUUAUACCCAUAACAAAAGAUGACCAAACAUCACUUCACAAAAUCACUUGGGGGUACAAGGUACGACAAUGGGACGGAGAACCGUAUCUCCUCCUCGACCUCGAGGCUCCCUUUACCUGGAAAGACAUCAAGAUCACACACUCAGAAGUUGCUUGUGGCCUAGAAGAAGGUUGCCGGUUUCCGGUUCGAUGCGACACCGUUUUAUGCAAAGAAGCAAAAUCUUACAUCAACCCUAUUUGCCCUUCACUCAACGUCACCAACAAAUACGGGUGCAACAUAUGUUCAGUCACCCCGCACAAUCCCGUUUCAAACGUUUGCAAAGUGUCGCAACUAACAACCGAUUUAGCGGAGUUGUACUCCACUAAUGGUCGAAACCCGAGCCAGGGUCCAAGAUGGCCGUUUGGAACCGAGUUUGUGUUGUCAUGCGCACCGCAAUCUUUAACACAAUCUUCUCCUAAAGAUGUUAGAGGUGUUGCGGGGUUUUCAAAGUAA